AUGUAUUACCAUGUAUUGCCAUGUAUUACCAUGUAUUACCAUGUAUUACCAUGUAUAGCCAUGUAUGGCCAUGUAUUACCAUGUAUAACCAUGUAUUACCAUGUAUACCCAUGUAAUGCCAUAUAUUGCCAUGUAUUACCAUGUAUAGCCAUGUAUACCCAUGAAAUGCCGUGUAUUGCCAUAUAUUACCAUGUAUCGCCAUGUAUUACCAUGUAUAGCAAUGUAUACCCAUCUAAUGCCAUGUAUUGCCAUGUAUUAACAUGUAUAGCCAUGUAUACCCAUGUAAUGCCAUGUAUUGCCAUGUAUUACCAUGUAUCGCCAUGUAUUACCAUGUAUAGCCAUGUAUACCAAUGUAAUGCCAUGUAUUGCCAUGUAUUACCAGGUAUAGCCAUGUAUACCCAUGUAAUACCAUGUAUUGUUAUGUAUUACCAUGUAUAGCCAUGUAAUGCCAUGUAUAGCCAUGUAUUACCAUGUAUAGCCAUAUAUUGCCAUGUAUGACCAUGUAUUGCCAUGUAUUACCAUGCAUUGCCAUGAAUUAGCAUGAAUAGCCAUGUAUUCCCAUGUAAUGCCAUGUAUUGCCAUGUAUUACCAUGUAUUACCAUGUAUAGAGCGGUUUUCAUUUGAGUGUCGAAAAGUAAUUGGUUUUGCACUUUCUACACGAUGCGAUUGGCUUAAAAGAUUCGCGCCACCUUUUCAUCCAAUCAGAAGUAAAACCAAAGCCAAUUGUGACGCGCUCGCAUGCAUUUUCCCGCGCUUUGCGUCAGCCACAUGUAAUUACUUCGAGUUUUGAUUGGUUCAAUGUCUCGUCUGUGUCCUAUGUGAUUGGCCAGAGUAAUUACUUUGGUUUUGGUUUUACGACACUCAAACGAAAACCACUCUAGCCAUGUAUUACCAUGUAUACCCAUGUAUUACCAUGUAUACCCAUGUAAUGCCAUAUAUUGCCAUGUAUUACCAUGUAUUGCCAUAUAUUAACAUGUAUAGCCAUGUAUUACCAUGUAUCGCCAUGUAUUACCAUGUUUAGCCAUGUAUAGCCAUGUAUACCCAUGUAAUGCCAUGUAUUGCCAUGUAUUACCAUGUAUAGCCAUGUAUACCCAUGUAAUGCCAUGUAUUGCCAUGUAUUACCAUGUAUAGCCAUGUAUACCUAUGUAAUGCCAUGUAUUGCCAUGUAUUACCAGGUAUAGCCAUGUAUACCCAUGUAAUAUCAUGUAUUGUUAUGUAUAGCCAUAUAUUGCCAUGUAUGACCAUGUAUUGCCAUGUAUUACCAUGUAUUGCCAUGAAUUAGCAUGUAUAGCCAUGUAUACCCAUGUAAUGCCAUGUAUUGCCAUGUACAGCCAUGUAUAGCCGUGUAUAGCCAUGUAUUACCACGUAUAGCCAUGUAUUACCAUGUAUACCCAUGUAUAGCCAUGUAUUGCCAUGUAUUACCAUGUAUUGCAUGUAUUACCAUGUACAGCCAUGUAUUACCAUGUAUUGCCAUGUAUCACCAUGUAUAGCCCUGUAUAGCCAUGUAUACCCAUGUAUUGCCAUGUAUACCCAUGUAUAGCCAUGUAUAGCCAUGUUAUGCCAUGUAUAGCCAUGUAUAGCUAUGUUAUGCCAUGUAUUGCCAUGUAUUAUCAUGUAUAGCCAUGUAUUGCCAUUUAUUACCAUGUAUUGCCAUGUAUUACCAUGUAUAGUCAUGUAUAGCCAUGUAAUGCUAUGUAUAGCCAUAUACAGCCAUGUAUAGCCAUGUUAUGCCAUGUAUAGCCAUGUAUUGCCAUGUAGAGCCAUGUAUUGCCAUGUAUCACCAUGUAUAGCCCUGUAUUGCCAUGUAUACCUAUGUAUUGCCAUGUAUACCCAUGUAUAGCCAUGUAUAGCCAUGUUAUGCCAUGUAUAGCCAUGUAUAGCCAUGUAUUGCCAUGUGCUGCCAUGUAUUACCAUGUA